UUUCUUGACCGGGCUGAGGAUUCCUGGACGCAUAGGAAGCAAAAUGCGGGAAGCCAAGUCAGGACUUGCGACCCAACGGGACGAUACGGUAGAGCAGCUAAAAGCCAAUCAAGGAGAGCUUGACGGUUGCUGUGGUGGUGGUGGACUGACCGUUCGACCACAAAGGUUGAUCGGCUUCUUAAACCUGUGGACCAGUUCUGGGGCAAUGGCAAGACCGACGACUCCGGCGCCAACGACCAGAUGUACGACGGUAGCCUGUCAACGCUCAACCGAUCUGUUCUCCUCUCAUUGCAACAUGUGUGCGGGAUAUCGAAUGAUAAAUUUGAUGCCAAUCGCCUCACAAACAAAAAUCUGUGAACCAUUCCCAAUACAUAGAACCAUGGACAAUCCAACUAAGGUCCGACAAGCGACCCACAAAUUAGAAGCCGAAGUCCUGGGUGAAUAUGCUCGGAUGGCUGGACUACUAGAUCGUGUAUAUUUUGAUUUCCACUCACAAUCAACUUAUGUGCUGAUCAAGAAGAGCUGGUGUCCAAAAACUCAAACACUGCAUCAGGUGGCGAAUUCGGCAGACAAACAUUCGACUUUAUCACCGUACUUAUUGGAAGGUCUGUUGCCGCUAGAGGAAGAUGGGAUUGGUUUUAACUCUAUUCAUUGACGCUUUGGUCUGGUCGGUGCUAGUUCAAAAACAAAGAGAAUCUGAGAAUAGACAUCAUUGAUACAGUUCCGACAGAGUGGUGUCUCGGACUACAUACACUCCGUCACUCUUGCCCUGAGAGGGAGG